AGGACCAAGGCGCUCGCUAACGCGGGCAGUCUGCCGCUGGGCGCGCUGGUGUCUCCCUUUGCCCCCGCCGCGGUUGGCGCCCCGGCGGAGGAACCGGCGCUGCGCAGGGACCCGGCGAGGUGCGCGCGGUGCGCGGCGUUCGUGUCCCCGUUCUGCGCGGUGGACACCGCCAACGGCAUGUGGAGGUGCUGCUUCUGCGGUUGCGAUAACUCCGACGCGAUGUUCGCGGUUGGCGCCCCCGGCGCGGCGGCUGGCUUUCCGGAGCUGACGCGUGUCGACGUCGAGUACCUCACGGACGCGGCGGCGGCGGCCGCCUCGGGCGCGGGUUCCGCCUCGACGCCGCCCGCGGUGGUGUUUGUGGUUGACGAGUCGAUGGACGACGACGAGAGCGCGUCGUUGCGCCGGUCGCUGCUCCGGUGCGUUCGGGGCUCGGAUCCCUCGACGCGAGUGGGAUUUUUGACGUACGCCGCCGCCGUCGCCGCGUACGACCUCUCGGUCAACACGGGGGUGGCGGCGGCGGAGGUGCUCCCGGGAAGUAGGUCGCCGACGCCCGAGGACGUCGAGGACCUGGUCGGGGAUGGUCGAAUGUACGUCGCGCCGCUGAGCGAAUGCGCCGACGCAAUCGACGCCAUCGUCUCCUCGCUUCGACCCGCGAGCGGCGGCGGGAGCGUGAGGAGGCGACCGAGGUGCCUCGGACCGGCGCUGGAGACCGCCGUCGCGCUGCUGAGGCACGGUACGACGGGCGGCGGUGGCGGCACAGCUGGCGGUAGGGUGGUUGUGUGCGCGAGCGGACCGGCGACCCGUGGGCCGGGUGGCGUCGCCGCGGAUGAGGACUCGGAACUCUUCGACUUUGAGGAGAAGGCGGCGAAGGAGUACGUGGACGAGCUGUCCAUCACGAUCGCUAAGCUUGGGGUGUCGGUCGACAUACUGGUUGGGGGUAGAGAGGCUGUGGGGGCGCUGAAAUUAGCGCCCCUUGCCGAUGCCACCGGCGGUGUCAUCCUCCUCCUCGAGGACUUUGGCGAAUCGUUCUUCGAGAACUUGAGCGCGGCGGUGCGACGACCCGCGAGUAACGGCGCCAUCUUCACCGUCCGUGCUUCCGCGGGCAUCGGCUGCGCCCGGGUGAUUGGCGCUGUGGAGGCAUUGUCGAAAGCGGCGGCGACGUUGGCGACUGCGCCGUCUCUCCCGGCAAGUGACUCAGCUUCGACCGCCAAGGAAGCCGCGGAUGCCUUCCGCCUGAAGAGCAGGGAUAUCUCGCAGGCGAGUCACGUUCACGUUCAGUUUGUGGCUUGGUUUCCAUCACCCGAGGGUGGCCGCGUCGCUCGGUGCAUGACCAGGCGGAUCCCAGUGGCUCCAUCCAUGCCGGCUUAUCUGCGCGGGGUCGAUAGCUCGGUAGCCGCCGUCCUCGCCGCGAAGAAGACUGCGCUGGACGCCCAGUCUGACGCCGUUGGACCGAAGGAGGCUUGCAAGCGGGUGGAGGCGAGGGUGCUCGAUGUGGCGGAUGUCUUCGCGCGACGCGACGCCGACGGCGGUUCGCUUCACGAUCCGUUCCCGCGUGAGCUCGGGGACUUCGCCGAGGCCAUGUACCACCUGCUCAGGGGUCCCAUGCUCGGCACGUUGGCGGGUCACGAGGACGAGCGAGCGGCGAUGAGGCAGCUUUUCCUUGGCGCCGGCGAGGCGUUGGCGCGGAGCAUGCUGGUUCCCCGGCUGUAUGUCUGGCGCGGCGGGGACGUUUUCGAGAAGAUCCCGCCGGCGGACCUCGCCCUCAGGAGCGUGGACGCGCUCGUGCUCGACCACGGCACGGAUGUUUUCGUGUGGGUCGGUCACGGCGUGUCCGCGGACGAGGAGAGGUUGGCGGCGGCGCGGGGAGCCGCGGCGGGGCACGCGGCGACAGUCGCGGCGGGAAGGUUCCCGGUGCCGAGGGUGAGGAUGUUCAGGGAGGGCAGCUCGCAGGCGAGGUACAUGGUGUCGCGACUCAUGCCGCUACAUCGCGAUGCGCCCCACGAGCAGGACGCGAUGUUUCCCCCCGUGCGUUCCCUGUCCCCCAACGAGCGGAAAGCGCUGAUGGAGUCGUUCCUGCCGACGGAUGAUUUUUCUUUUUUCGGGUGGAUGAGGCAACUCGGCCUCGCGGCUCCCCUGGACGGGUCUUCAGUGAAACUGAGGAUGAUGAGCGGCGAUGACACCUCGACGACCGCGUCUAGUCUUAUUUUGUAG